AUGGGUGACUACGCGAAAGCACUUGAAUUUCACCAAAAAGCACUUAAAAUAAAAAAAAUAUCUCUUCCUCCGAAUCAUCCCAAUUUGGCUAUUUCCUACAACAACAUUGGUUUAGUGUAUAACAACAUGGGUGACUACUCAAAAGCACUCGAAUUUUACCAAAAAGCACAUAAAAUAAAAGAAAUAUCUCUGCCUCUGAAUCAUCCCGAUUUGGCUAUUUCCUACAACAACAUUGGUCAAGUGUAUAACAACAUGGGUCACUACUCAAAAGCACUCGAAUUUUACCAAAAAGCACAUAAAAUAAAAGAAAUAUCUCUGCCUCCGAAUCAUCCCGAUUUGGCUAUUUCCUACGACAACAUUGGUUCAGUGUAUAACAACAUUGGUGACUUCUCGAAAGUACUGGAAUUUUAUCAAAAAGCACAUAAAAUCUACGAAAUAUCUCUGCCUCCGAAUCAUCCCAAUUUGGCUAUUUCCUACAACAACAUUGGUUUUGUGUAUAACAACAUGGGUGACUACUCGAAAGCACUGGAAUUUUACCAAAAAGCACAUAAAAUAAAAGAAAUAUCUCUGCCUCUGAAUCAUCCCGAUUUGGCUAUUUCCUACAACAACAUUGGUUCAGUGUAUAACGACAUGGGUGAUUACUCGAAAGCACUUGAAUAUUUCAAAAAAGUACUUAAAAUGUACGAGGAAUCUUUGCCUGCAAAUCAUUCUCAAUUAGCUCUUCCAUAUAACUGGUUCGGAAAGAUUUAUCGAGGCAUGAAAGAUUACCCAAAGGCACUUGAGAAUUUCGAGAGAUGUUUCUCAAUAUGGAAAAAAGCUUUACCAGAAAAUCAUCCAGAUAUAGCGUUUGCAUUUAGUAAUAUUGGUGAUGUUCAUCGAUUAAUGGGUAAUUAUGAAAGAGCACUUUCAUUCCAUCGAAAAGCAUUAAAUAUUCAAGAAAAUGUUCAAUGUAAUCCUCUGGAAUGUGCAACGACAUAUAUCAAUUUAGGUGAAACAUAUCGAGAAAUGAAAGAUUAUUCAACAACAUUAACAUAUUUUCAAAAAGGAUUGGAAAUACGUGAGAAGAAAUUACCAAAAGAUCAUCCUGAUUUAGCUGUUGUAUAUCACAAUAUGGGAAAAUUAUAUUUAUCUACUCGAAAAUAUAGCAUGGCAAUGAAACAUGUUCAACAAGCCAUAGAAAUUGCUCAAGAAAAAUUACCUUCAACUCAUCCACAUUUGUUAGAAUAUAAAGACACAUUUGAAGAAAUUCGAAAGAAAAUGUAA